UCAGGUUCUCACACACGUCCACUAUCAGAAUCGAGAACCUCGCCACAUCCAUUUUGCGGUUCUCCUAAAUCAUAGUGGACGUGUACGUGAGUGACGUCAUUUUGACCGUUCAAGCCCAGCAUGAAGAUCAACCUUUCCCUUUUAAAACACAGUUUUCAAUGACUUUUCACAAAAUUAAUGUACAUGUAAGUUGUACGAUGCAUUAUGUUUAUAAUUUGGAAUUGCUUUCUGACCUCCAAAAUUUAUAUCGAUAUAUAUCCUAACUCGAGUAAAAAGGAAUCAAAGUAAGUGAAAGGGCACGUGUGUACAAGUUGCACUUUCGCAUCACCCGACCGGGUCGCCAGGCGAUGGUACGCCAGAUCUUCCGGGAUGGGCAGCGUGUCAUGACCCGCUGGUUAUUGCGCUGUUUCACGUGGACGUACGUACACGUACAAGUCGAGUGAAAUCUAAAGUAUUCGCAAUUGUAGUGAACAAGGGCAGACAACGACAUUGACUCAAACGAUCAGACGACUGCUACGUCGUUCUUGUUCACUGCUCCUAAAACUCUCCAGUCAAUUUCCAAUUUUACCACUUAUGAAUUGAGAUCAUAUUUUUGAUAGGUUGCAAUUUUGGGGGUGGAUUAGAUAUCCUGGACUCUUUGUCUUUAUAUUUUAACAAGAUUUUUUCUUGUUUGUUUUGAUUGAGAAACUAAUGCCCAGUUUGGCAUUUUUCUCAAAGAACACUGUAGAUUAAUUUUACACUAAAAACUACACUGCUGAAUGUAUUGUUGUAGGUCAAUGAGGCCAUCCACUAUAUUGGGUGCUCUUUCGGAUGGUCUCUUUAUAGGCAAGCUGACUGAUCACAAAAAUUAUGCUUUCCUUUUUAUUUUGUAAUUGAAGGGUUUUGGACAUAGUAAGCUUUAUGGCCUACAAAGGUUACUUACCAUAAAUGUAAAUGUAAUAAUAGCAGAUCGUUGUCUUUGUGAGAUACUGCCAUGUUUACUAGCCCCUGAUUAGAAGUGGUAGCCUCUUCAACUGCUAGAAGGAAAUGAGUCAGUGAGUGGUGUGUAUGGGUGCAUGCACAGCAAUUCAUGAAAACAACAGAAGGAGGAAACUUGCAUUAUAUAUAUAUGUCUUACAGUAUGUUUUAGACGACUAUAGGGGUAAAGCUGUCAAUCUGCUGGCUGGAAAAAUAUGUAUGUACUGUUCAUCAGCCCUUAUGCAUUAUUCUUCAUGUAGUUGUUGUCGUUCAAGAAAGCAACUUUGCAGAGUCAUUUGUGUUCUUCUACAUGCCAUUCCUCAUAAGCCCUCAGGAUUUAGGAGAGUAUGAUAAUUAUUGUAAAAUCUAUUAGAACCACUGUCAAUUCAACCUAUUAGGGAAAUAUUGACUGGGAAAGAGGCACUUGAGGUGGGCACUUGAGGUGAUCCUGUUCAGCACCUUGGAUUUUUUAAGGCACCUAUAGGUACAAACUUUCAAUAGUUUAUUGUUCAUCAUGUAUGUAAACUGACUGAAGAGCAAGGAUGUCAUCAGGCCGAGUGACAUGCACAAAGUCUAUGGGAGAAAGUUUUCUCCUACGGCCUCUUGACUCGGAAGUAAUACCUCGACUACAUCCCUGCAGAGGAGUGUUACAUGUGAAUAUGAAAUUCAAUGAAUUAAUAAGAUCUCUCUUUCCUUUUCACCUUUGUCACAGAGCCAGCCUCCAAGAAGAUGGACAUCCCGGAUUGUGCUGUCUGUCUCCAACCUUGCGUGCAUCCGGUUGAACUGCCCUGCAGUCACGUCUUCUGUUUUCUCUGCAUGAAGGGGGCCUCUACACAGUAUAGGAGGUGCGCUCUCUGUAGGCAAGAGAUCCCUGUGGACUUCUUUAUGAGUCCAAAGCUUCUGCUUAAUCAGGACGAUGAUGAGGAAGUUGAAGAUGAAGUUGAGGAGUGCUAUACAUGGUUCUAUGAAGGUAGGAACGGAUGGUGGCAGUACGAUGAAAGAACAGAUGCAGAGCUAGAAGAGAGCUAUCGUGCCAAUAAGAGGACAUUUGAGCUCUUGAUCGCAGGGUAUGUGUAUGUCAUUGACUUAGAUAGCAUGCUACAGUAUAGGAGAUCAGAUCCCUCUCGCAGGAGACGCAUCAAACGCGACCUGGUGAGCGCUGCCAAGAAGGGCAUCGCAGGGUUGAAGAUUAAGGUUAAGCGGGAUGAGGAUUCGGCAGAUAGGCGUGUUGUAGGAGCGGAAGAAGACAAGGAGAACGGGGGUGCAGUAGGUGGUGCAACUGCUCCCCCGGAAGACAAUGGUACGGUCAAGGAUAAGGAUGAGUGUCCACAGGAUAGGACUGUUCCAUGUGAGAAGGAAGGGGUUGAAAGUGAUGAAAGUAUUCAGGGGAAGAGGGCAGUGAGCCCCAAUGCCAAUCACAGCAACUCUGCUGGCAAUGAGACUGUUUAUGAGGUAGUGCGGAAUGCUUCACCCCCUACAAGUAGGACAGGAGAGGAGUCGUCUCCUACAUUCAGGUACACCAACCCUUCCCCUAGUAGCAAUACUCCUCCUCCAACCUAUGCCAAACCGAUCCGUCAAAGAAGGAGACAGGCCAACGACCCUUCGCCAUCAGGUGCAAGUUCACAGACAGUAGCUGAUGCCCAAGGAGAUUCCUCUCUUGCCCAACAGCUGACGAUAAACCACCAGCGAACCCACUCUGCCCCAGAGUCACGCCCCUCCAGCCGCCCAAGGGGCCCCGCGCCUCAGGCCCCACCCAGAGACCAAAGUAGCUAUCAAGCUACCAGUGCUACUGCGCAAAGAACAGAUUCCAAUGUGGAGAGGGUCACUGAAACGUUACGUUCUGAAUUAGUUAUAAACGUUGGAUCGAAUGUGGACACCACCAGCUCAGGGGCAAGACGGCGACAGGUUCGCAGACAUGUGCAUGAAGUAUGAGAUGAUCAGGAACAGGAGUUCUGAACUGGAGCUGUAUAUUGUGAGUGUACACAUAGAUGUAGAUGAAGAUCGCACAUGAAACUGGAUGCAGGUGUAUCUUAUUGACUACUUUAUGUACUGUACAUGACAUGUACUAGCUACAUGUACUUCAAGCCUUCCCAGUGCUUGUCACUAUCAGAUGUGCCUAAAUAUUGAUUCCCUUGUACUGUUAAAAGGAUAUCUUAGAACUAGAUAUUUUUCCAUUUUUUCAGUUGCUUUACUCUAUUAUUUCCUGGGAUUUGUAUAGCCUACAGUGUUUUCCUGUUGCUGUUGUUGAUACAUAGCAUGCAUCUUUUUAGCAUGAUCUGACCAAUGUGGUGAUGUGUUACAUAGAUACAACUGAAAAAUACAUCCAAAUGAAACAACCCCAGGGCCCCGUAACACAAAGUUUAGUGAUUAAUCGCUAAAUGAAAUGGCCUAUCAAGGUCAAUCUUGCAUGCGCAUAUUGCUCAGUGGACUGUCUAGGAACCAAUCAGAAUUGGUCUUUCAAAUUCAAUUUGUCUAUAAACCCUUUAUAUGUUAUGGAACCGAUGUCACACUUUUAAUACAGUGAGAGUUGGGUAGUAAAAGUCAAACAAUCCUCUCUUUAUACAGUAUGUAUGUCUGAGACUAACGAAUGGGUAAUAUUUUAUCAAAAUGACACUAUAAGUACUCCUUUAUAGGCCUAUACUUAGAGUGACAACAUAACAUGUAUUACAUUGUAGGAAUGGAUCAAGAAUUCCAGAAUGGGGGGGGCGGGGGUGGCACAUAAAAUUCGCUCUCAAUAUUACCAACCUGCUUUUCAUUAAAAAAAGUAAUAGCGAGCAAAAGGCAAAAAGGGGGCGCUCAGGAACCUAUGUUUGUGACUUUGUGUACUACAAAUUUGGUAUGGGGAGGGAGGGGAUUAGGGAUCUGCGCCUACAGUGUACAUGUAGAUCACUUUUAUUGUUUGGUUUAUUAAGUGCUUGCCUUACAUGUAUAUUAUAACGUAAUAGAAUGUUUGAGUUGUCAUAUUUCCAAACAAACAUGCAAAGUAUGAUUUAGAGAAAGUAGGGUGAUGAUAAAUGCUCAUAUAAUUACAUGUACCACCCCUGUCAAUUUCAAAGAGAAAGAGAAAAAAGAAGUUACCAAGCUGAAGUCCAAGCAGAUUGAUGCGGAUGUUACUCAUAGAUGAACAUUUUGAUACAUCCAUAACUAUAUUAUUGUCAUGUACCAGUUGCACCCAUUUUGUAAAUAUUAUCUAUUGUUUAUUGUUGUUGUAUGUGGCAAGGGUGUUAAUUGCAUCUUUCCUAUGUUUUCUUUGUUCUUCCUUUGUUUUCAAUGAAAUGUGAACUGUUUAAACUGUAUUCCCAUACAAUCAGUUGUUAGGCCUAUGUACUGUACAUGUACAAAUUAUUCAAAGGUCAAGUCCACCCCAGUAAAAUGUUGAUUUGAAUAAAUAGGGAAAAAUCAAACAAACAUAAUGCUCAAAAUUUCAUCAAAAUCGGAUGUAAAUAAAAAAGUUAUGGCAUUUUUAAGUUUCUCUUAUUUUUCACGAAACAGUGAUAUGCACAACUCAGCGACAUGCAAAUGGGUCAGUUGAUGAUGUCCAUUACUCACUAUUUCUUUUGUUUUUUAUUGUUUGAAUUAUACAAUAUUUCAUUUUUUACAUAUUUGAUAAUAAGGACCACCUUGACUGAACCAUAUAGUAUUAAACAAUGCUAAUUCCACAUGUUCAGGGAGGAAUUAAUAGUUGUUUCCCUUGACAAUAUAGAGAAAAUUAGAAUAUUUCAUAUUAUACAUAAUAAAAUACAAAAGAUAUAGUGAGUGAAUGACAUCAUCAGUCUCCUCAUUUGCAUACCGACCAGGAUGUGCAUAUAACUGUUUUGUGAAAUUAAGCGAAACUUUAAAAUAUCAUAACUUUCUUAUUUUACAUCCGAUUUUGAUGACAUUUUCAGUGUUAUGUUUGUUGGAUUUUUCUCUUUUUAUUCAAGUCAACUUUUUGUUUGGGUGGACUUGCCCUUUAAAACCCAAAUGAGCUCUCUAUUCAAUGCUCAUUCUCAAAAGACUAACUUUGUUACUCUUUAUACUUUUUGUAGGAGGUUAAAUUCAAGAUGUAUAUCAAAUACAAAUAGUGACAAAAUGCUAGUUCUGGGGGCGUUUCAUCACCACUUUUCAUCCAAUAAGUUGUCGGAUCUGACAACUCACAUGUACCUUUAUUCUAAUUGGCUAAGAAACACGGUGACCAUGGUAACUGUUGGAUAAAAUGGGACUUGUCGGAUAAAACUACCGACAACUCCUUUCAUGAAACGCUCCUAUGAUAUCGUAUGUUUGAUACGAUUGGAUUUACAAAAAAUUUAUGGGAUCAAUACACUUUCAUAUAAUGUGAUGCAUUGCUAUUACUUUUCUUAGUUGUAACUUGGACCUACUACUGUCAGAGUAGUACAGUAGGUCCAUAGUUCUAAGUACAAGAUUUUCAUUUCAUUUCCUUGAUCAUUUCCUGGAUCAGUGGAAGCGCCGUGGUGUAGCGGUUCUGACUCUCGCCUUGUAAUUAGAGGGUCGUGUGUUCGAAUCCCACCAUGGCCUAGCGUCCUUUGGCAAGGCGUCAAUCCACAAUUUGCCACUCUCCACCCAGGUGUUAAAUGGGUACCCGGUAGGAUGCGAAAGCCUAUGUAGUAUGCCUAGCAAUUGAGUCUUGGAACUCUUGUUGCAAUGCUCCCCAGGGAGUGGAGAAGGUGCAUACAUUGUAUGCGGGCAUGCAAGGAUCUGAUGACCGGGGUAAUAAUAUAUCUGUAAAGCGCUUAGAGACGUCGCUCCGAUGUGUUAAGCGCUAUAUAAAUGCGGAAUAUUAUUAUUAUUAUUUUGUCUGAGGCUAAUAUGCUUGGUAGGGUCAGCACCUUGCUUAUGAAAUAUUUCCUUGUAUGUAUUAACAUAUUUGUUGUGCUGAAGUUGAUACAUGUAUGUGUAUUUUGUUACUUUAUAUGUAUUCAAACAUGUUGGUGUUUCAUUGUAGUACGUACUCUGUAAUUAGUGUUCAGUUGCUCGUGAACCUACAGUAAUUGGUUUGGCUGAGAGUCCAAUUUAUUCACGUAAAAGGGUGAAUUUCUAGGUAGUCUUUCAAUCGUAACGGCACUUUGCCACAUAUAUGUACAUUCUAUCAGGCAAUAUAGUGAUGAUUUGUUAGAAUUCUGUAGUAUUCAUUAUUAUGAACUGAUGAAACGUACAUGGCCAUGUGUAAUGAACUCGCCGCUUAAAAAGGUGAUGGUGUUACGCUUUUUCUAAUUUGUUCAGUUUAGCAUGUCUUGGUCAAACAGGGAGAUACAUGUAUUGUCAUGAAAUUCGUGUCAUUUUAAUUUUGAAGCAAAAUAUAUACUAAAUAGGUUCAUUAUUGCGAACUGAAAUAAUCGCUAUUCAUAUGUAUACUCUUUCACAUCUGUAAAAAUGAGCACAAUAGUAUGUGAAUUCACUACCCCACAAUUAUUUUAAUGAAAACGGCAAGGAUGGGGGGGGGGGGUGGAAGUGUAAGGGAGUACAUGUAAAGCAACUGAGAUUGUCAUGGGGGCGCUUUUUCAAUAUCUAAAGUGAUUUUGAAGGAUUUUAUUCAUACUUUUUGUAAAUUUUGUGAAAAUUUCAGUAAAUCAAUGUAAGUUUUCAAAAUUUCAGGGGGAGGGGGGGGGGGGGACAACUGCCCCUGCCCCCUUGCUGUGUACAGCCAUAUCAAGGUACAGAAGGUGUUCCAUGAAACACCCUCAUCUCUGCCCAUUCGGUAUAAAUGAGUAAGAGCAAAAUGAUAGUUUCAUCAGGUUUAUGGUCUUCAUGUAUAUGAUGAAUAUCUUUGAUGUAAAAAAUAGAUUGAUGUUUCUUAGAUAUAAAUUACAUGUAUGAAUAUGAAUAUGAAAAUUUUCUGAGAAUGGGGGAUUGUCACAGAUGCAUGUAGUUCGUGUACACUGCAUUAAAUAAAUUAUAUCGGCCCUCUUGCCUGGCCAUUUAAAUUGAUUCUCUAUGAAUUAUUAUAUCAGGAAAUGCACUCUAGUUUAAUUAUUUAUGAAAAUUGAAAAUUCUUGAAUAUAAUAAAUGUUAUUUUACUAGUGGAAAAUCAUGAUUGUGUAAUGUGUCAAUAUGGAAAGUAUAUCAGAGUUCUUUAAUAACUUUUUUUUCAUUGUGGUAUGAAAUGUACAAACAUAUGAACCUGUUUUUAAACAAUUUCUGAACGAUGAAAUGUAAUUUUUCACUAUCCAUAUUAAAGUGAAAUACAUGUCUUUUGAAUGUACAGUAGGUAAAUAUGAGUAUUUAAUAAUGUUUAAUAAAGUGAUGUGAGUUUGGAUAAAAAGAAA